AUGCCUGGUUUCGCCCAAGCAAGCGAUCUGUCGGCAUGGAAGUCGCUUAUGAAGCACCACCAAGAGCUGGGUCGCUCCAUUGUCCUCAAGGAUGCCUUUGCCGAGGACCCUAAGCGUUUCGAGAAGUUCUCGCGCACCUUCACCAACGACGUUGACAAGUCCGAAACCAUCUUCGAUUUCUCGAAGAACUUCAUCACCGAUGAGACCCUCCAGCUUCUAUGCCAGCUCGCUCGCGAGGCAAAGGUCGAGGAGCUCCGUGACGACAUGUUCAAGGGUGAGAAGAUCAACUUCACCGAGAAGCGCGCCGUCUACCACGUCGCUCUCCGCAACACCGAGAACUGGCCCAUGCAGGUCGACGGCAAGAGCGUCGUCGAGGAGGUCAACUCUGUCCUCGAGCACAUGAAGGAGUUCUCCGAGGAGGUCCGCAGCGGUAAGUGGGUCGGUUACACCGGCAAGGCCAUCAACACCAUUGUCAACAUCGGUAUCGGCGGUUCUGAUCUGUGA